UGGGAAGGGAAGUGUUCCUUGCGCAUGCGCGAAGCGAUUGCGUUGUUCAGUACCGAUCGUCUCUUAAAACGCACCCUCGCAGUAUGGCCUCUAAAGCUGCAUUUAUUACUUCAUUUUUACAUUUGUACUCAUUCGUCCAUCGUAGGAAAAACUGAACUGUAUUAGUUAUUCGUGUCAGGAUUGACUCAACUCAUCUCAGUGACCUUUGACGCGUCUCUUCUCAGGCUGAGCUUGCCAGCUAGCUUAGCUUGCUAGUUAGCUUAGCUUGUUAGCUGCUAACAAAGAGGGGCGGAAGUGAUCAAAACACAUCGCUAAGAAGAGAUCAAGUUGUCCUGCAAACAUCUGUGAAGAACAUCUCCUCCCUUUGCAACAGAAGUGGAGCAGGAGGAGCCACAGCCCUCCCUCAUUAAAAAGGAAGGGAAGGCACCACAGAGUCCUUAAAUUAAAAAGGUAAAGUAGGACCUACUCUCCCCUCAUUUUAAAGAGGAAGAGGAGGAACACAGCAUCAGUCAGGAGGGAGAGCAUCUUGAAGGACUGGAGGAGGUUGAUGUCACCAAGAUGCCAGUGACUGGUGUCCCUGUGAAGAGUGAAGAUGAUGAUGAACAUCCUCCUGAGCAGCAGAAGUGGAGCUUCAGGAUGGCGACAGAGGAGCCACGGCCCUCCCACAUUAAGGAGGAAGAUGCGGCGCUACAGACCCGGCACGUCAAAAAGGCAGAGGAGUACCCACGGACCCCUCACAUUAAAGAAGAAGAGGAGGAACACAGCAUCAGUCAGGAGGGAGAGCAUCCUGAAUGGUUGGAGGAGUUCCCAGUGAUUGGUGUCAUUGUGAAGAGUGAAGAUGAUGAGGUCAAAGGUGAGAGUGAGGAGAAGAGAGAGGCGGAGCCUCCAAGCAGCAGCUCAACUCAACACAUGACAACAGAAGCUGAUGGAGACCACUGUGGAGGAUCACAAGCAGACAAGCUCUUAGCUCCACUAUCAGAUAGUGACGACAUAACGUCACACUCUCCUGACACUGAUGAUGAAGACUCUAAAGAUGAUAAGACAUGUCACACUGACAACACACACUUCACAUGUUCCCACUGUGACAAAACCUUUAGUAAUCGCUAUCGGAAAGUACACAUGAGAACACACACCGGGGAAAAACCUUUUUCUUGCUCAGGAUGUGGGAAAUGUUUUUCAAGGAAAAAUGUGUUGAAAAAACACAUGCAAAUACACACUGGAGAAAAACCUUUUUCCUGCUCGGUGUGUGGUAGAAGUUUUGUGUUAAGUCAAAAUUUGAAAGUACACAUGAGAAUACACACUGGAGAGAAGCCCUUUUCCUGUUCCGUCUGUGGCAAAAGUUUUACACAAAGUCAGUGUUUGAAAAAACACAAAAAAUUACACGCUGGAGAAAAUGAGGAUGAAGACUCUAAAGAUGAUAAGACAUGUCACACUGACAACACACCCCUGUCAUGUUCUUACUGUGACAAAGCUUUUAAAUAUCCUAGUGAUCUAAAAGUACACAUGAGAACACACACAGGAGAAAAACCUUUUUCCUGUCCAGAAUGUGGUAAAGGUUUUGCAACAAAUCAAAAUGUGAAAGUACACAUGAGAACACACACUGGAGAAAACCCGUUUCCCUGUUCAAUAUGUGGUAAAGCUUUUGUACAAAAGAGUGGUUUAAAAAUACACAUGAGAAAACACAGUGGGGAAAACCCUUUUACGUGUUCAAUCUGUGGUAAAAGUUUUACAAGAAGUUCAAGUUUGAAAUUACACAUGGAAAUCCAUACUGGAGAAAAACAUUGUUACUGUUCAAUCUGUGGUAAAGGUUUAGCACAUAAUAAACAAUUGAAAGUACACAUGAGAAUACACUCUGGCGAAAAACCUUUUACCUGUUCAAUCUGUGGUAAAGGUUUUGCAAAAAGUAGCAAUUUUAUAAUACACAUGAGAAUACACACCAGAGAAAAACCUUUUAUGUGUUCAAUUUGUGGUAAAAGGUUUUCACAAAGUCCACAUUUGAAAAUACACAUGAGAACACACACUGGUGAAAAACCAUAUUCCUGUACAAGCUGCAACAAAGGAUUUUGUGUGCGCUCAAAACUUGUGGCGCACAUGAAAACACACACAGGAGAGAAAGUGUUGAGUUGCAGUGUGUGUGGUGAAAGAUUCUCUUCUAAGUACCAGUGUAAGAAACACAAGUGUGCUGGUGAGGUGGUAAUGGUCAGCUCUGGUUAUAUUGCCAGAGCAUGUGAAGGGAAGUGUUCCUUGCGCAUGCGCGGAGCUGUUGCGUUGUCCAUGUCCUGCAAACAUCUGCAGCAGGAGUGGAGCUUCAGGAUGGAGCAGGGUGAGCCACAGCGCUCCCUCAUUAAAAAGGAAGGGGAGGCACCACAGACCCCUUACAUUAAAAAGGGAAAGAAGGACCCACUCACCCCUCAUUUUAAAGAGGAAGAGGAGGAACACAGCAUCAGUCAGCAGGGAGAGCAUCUUGAAGGACUGGAGGAGGUUGAUGUCACCAAGAUGCCAGUGACUGGUGUCCCUGUGAAGAGUGAAGAUGAUGAUGAACAUCCUCCUGAGCAGCAGAAGUGGAGCUUCAGGAUGGCGGCGGAGGACCCACAGCCCUCCCACAUUAAGGAGGAAGAUGCGGCGCUACAGACCCUGCACAUUAAAAAGGAAAAGGAGUACCCACUGACCCCUCACAUUAAAGAAGAAGAGGAGGAACACAGCAUCAGUCAGGAGGGAGAGCAUCCUGAAUGGUUGGAGGAGUUCCCAGUGAUUGGUGUCAUUGUGAAGAGUGAAGAUGAUGAGGUCAAAGGUGAAAGUGAGGAGGAGAGAGAGGCGGAGCCUCCAAGCAGCAGCUCAACUCAACACAUGACAACAGAAGCUGAUGGAGACCACUGUGGAGGAUCACAAGCAGACAAGCUCUUAGCUCCACUAUCAGAUAGUGAGGACACAACGUCACACUCUCCUGACACUGAUGAUGAAGACUCUAAAGAUGAUAAGACAUGUCACACUGACAACACACACUUCACAUGUUCCCACUGCGACAAAACCUUUAAAUACCCAAGUCUUCUGAAAGAACACAUGAGAACACACACUGGAGAAAAAUAUUUUUCCUGCACAGAAUGUGGUAAGAGAUUUGCCCGAAAAAAUGUGUUGAACGUACACAAGAGAACACACACCGGAGAAAAACCUUUUUCCUGUUCAAUAUGCGGUAAGACCUUUGUACAAAAGCAAUGUUUAAAAAUACACAUGCGAAAACACAGUGGGGAAAACCCCUUUUCCUGUUCAAUCUGUGGUAAAAGUUUUACAACAAGUUCAAAUUUUAAAGUACACAUGAGAAUACAUACCGGAGAAAAACCUUUUUCCUGUUCAAUAUGUGGUAAAGCUUUUGUACAAAAGGAUUGUUUAAAUAUACACAUGAGGAAACACAGUGGGGAAAAGCCUUUUUCUUGUUCAACCUGUGGCAAAAGUUUUACAAGAAGUUCAAGUCUGAAAGUACAUAUGGGAAUCCAUACUGGAGAAAAACCUUUUUCCUGUUCAAUUUGUGGUAAAGGUUUUGCACAUGGUAAACAUUUGAAAGUACACAUGAGAAUACACACGGGAGAAAAACCUUUUACCUGCUCAAUCUGUGGUAAAGGUUUUGCAAAAAGUAGCAAUUUUAUUGUACACAUGAGGAUACACACCAGAGAAAAACCUUUUAUGUGUUCAAUUUGUGGCAAAAGGUUUUCACAAAGCCCACAUGUGAAAAUACACAUGAGGACACACACUGGUGAAAAACCAUAUUCCUGUUCAAGCUGCAACAAAGGAUUUUGUGAACGAUCAAAGCUUGUGGCACACAUGAAUACACACACAGGAGAGAAAGUGUUGAGUUGCAGUGUGUGUGGUGAAAGAUUCUCUUCUAAGUACCAGUGUAAGAAACACAAGUGUGCUGGUGAGAACAGCAGCAGCAAAUGAAGAUGCAGGAUUGGAAUUAUACCGUCAAAGCUUGCAUUAAUAUACAGCAUUAUGUACUUUUAUUUAAAAAAAAAUACACAAUAUGACUGAAAAGGUGAAAAUAAACAGUACAAAACAUAUGUUACAUACAAUAAACAUUUAAUGUGUUUAUAGGUGCUCAUAGUUCACCUUUAUACUUAUUCAUAAUAGUGUUUUAUGUAUGUUUUUGAAAUAAUGAAGUGUUAAAUAUUUUCAUUUCUAAUUGUAAAUGAUUCUAUGUAUAAACUUCUUUAUAUGAUAUACAUAUUUGUUUUACAUGUGUUCAUAUCUUUGCUUUUGAGUACACAUAAAUCCCUCUUAGUUCAUAUUUACUGCUUCACAUCUGAAACAUCUGGACCACUUCUGGAAGCAUAUUUACUUUAUACAUCAUUUGAGCAGUUGUUUUAUACAAGAUCAUUUACUUUUAAAAUGUGUGACUUUAUGAGUCAUUUGUUGGGUCUCCAUAAUCCAUUCUAUUGUCUUUAUUACUCUCUUUUGUAAUAUGGAUAUUGUUUUGUUAUUGUUUUAUAUGUAUGUCCCCAGACCUUUAUGCAAUAAACAAUG